AUGUCUGCCAACACAGUACACGUCAAGAACAUCUCCUCGCAGACCAGCGAGAAAGAAGUUAAAGACUUCUUCAGCUUCUGUGGAAAGAUUACCAGCCUUGAGGUCGGAUCCGUUGGAGAGACACAAAACGCCACCGUUCAAUUUGAGAAGGAAACCGCAGCUAAGACUGCCUUGUUACUCGACAACACUCAACUUGGAUCUACUCAAGUUAAGGUUACAAGUGCAUCUGGAUCCAACGAGGAUGAUGGAAGCCAUUAUACUUCCAAUGAACAACGUGACAGCGACGAUAUUACCCAGGAGGAGAAGCCAAGAAGCCGUAUCAUCGCAGAAUAUCUUGCCCAUGGAUACGCCAUUGGAGACACUGCUGCUCAACGUGCGAUCGAUCUGGACCAAAAGCAUGGAGUAUCUAACCGCUUCCUCGCCACCUUGAACAGUCUCGACAGCAAGUACCAUGCCACUGAGAAAGCUAAGGGCGUCGACCAAUCUUAUGGUGUUACCCAGAAGGCCAGCUCUCUCCUUUCUGGAUUGACCUCUUAUUACGAGAAGGCCGCUGGAACUCCAACUGGUCAAAAGCUUGUCAACUUUUACACACAAACCUCUCGCCAAGUCCAGGAUAUCCAUGCCGAGGCUCGCCGUUUGGCAGAUAUCAAGAAGCAAGAAGGCCCACAAAAGGUUCCUGGUACCGAGAAGACAACUUGUAAGUGUGGUUCAGUUUCUGGAGAAUGUCCCUGUGCCCCUGGGUCCUGCGCAUGCAGCGACUGUGGCAAGUCCGAUGUCAAGAAGGUUCCAGGUUCUGAUAAAACAACCUGUGGUUGCGGCGGUAACACCUCGAAAUGUGGCUGUGCUCCUGGUCAGUGCAGCUGCAACUCCUGUCCCAAGGCCGAAACAGAGAAGGUUGCUGGUAGCGACAAGACUACAUGCAAGUGUGGUGGAGACAGCAAAGACUCUGAUUCAGCAGCUAUUGUGGACUCAACCAAGGUUGCACCUCUCGAUCCUCAAUCUGAGAAGUCAACCUUUGCUUGA